GUCGCAGGUCCCACAGGAGGAGGCAGACAUACAGGCUGAGAGCAGAGAUCAGUGAUCUUCAUGCGCUUCAUCUUCUCUACUGCGACUCCAAGAACGACACGGACGCAGACACCAUGCGCGCUCCACACUACCUGAACACCACCUGAACACCACAUGAACCUCCUGUUCUCCACCUGAUCACCUUCUGCUGAACCUCCUGAACCUCUUGUUCUUCACCUGAACCUCCACCUGGACCUCCUGUACAUGAGGGAACUUUGCGUUUUAAUCCGCUUCUGACACCUGAAAACAAACUUCCGGCUGUGUGUGUGUGUGUGUGUGUGUGUGUGUGUGUGUGUGUGUGUGUUUCUCUCAUUCCUCAUCAUGAGCCGUAAGUCGCGCCGCUGGAUAUUCCGCAUUUUCCUCUGUCUCGGAAUAAUCUAUCUAAAGAUCGGAGGCUUCUCCUCAGUGAUAGCUCUGGGAGCCAGCAUCAUCUGCAACAAGAUCCCAGGACUCGCACCACGACAGAGGAUCAUCUGCCAGAGUCGACCGGACGCCAUCAUCGUGAUAGGAGAAGGAGCACAAAUGGGCAUCAACGAGUGUCAGUUUCAGUUCAGGAACGGAAGGUGGAACUGUUCUGCCCUCGGCGAGAGGACCGUCUUCGGAAAAGAGCUGAAAGUGGGUAGUAAAGAAGCCGCAUUCACGUAUGCCAUCAUCGCAGCGGGCGUGGCCCACGCCAUCACGGCGGCGUGCACACAGGGGAACCUGAGCGAGUGCAGCUGCGAUAAAGAGAAGCAGGGCUUUCACGGCCGAGCUGACGGAUGGAAGUGGGGCGGCUGCUCGGCCGAUGUCCGCUACGGCCUCGGCUUCUCCAAGGUGUUCAUGGACGCUCGGGAGAUCAAACAGAGCGCCAGGACGCUCAUGAACCUCCAUAACAACGAGGUGGGACGAAAGGUUCUGGAGCGGAACAUGCACCUGGAGUGUAAGUGUCACGGCGUGUCGGGUUCCUGCACCACCAAAACAUGCUGGACAACUCUGCCUAAGUUCCGCGAGCUGGGCUACAUCCUGAAGGACAAGUACAUGCAGGCGGUGCAUGUGGAACCGGUCAAAGCCAGCCGCAACAAGCGUCCCACCUUCCUGAAGAUCAAGAAGCCAUUCUCUUACCGCAAGCCCAUGGACACGGACCUGGUGUACAUAGAGAAGUCGCCAAGCUACUGUGAGCCGGACCCCGUGACCGGCAGCGUGGGGACUCACGGGAGGGUCUGCAACAAGACCAUCACCCACCACUCCAAUAGCUGUGACCUGAUGUGCUGUGGGCGGGGCUACAACACGCACCAGUACUCGCGGGUGUGGCAGUGCAACUGUAAGUUCCUGUGGUGCUGCUAUGUCAAGUGCAACACCUGCAGCGAGAGGACAGAGGUCUACACGUGCAAGUGAAUGACAGUGUGUUGCAUGACGUCAGACACUUGGAUCGUGUGGGUUUUUUUUCAUUUUCCAGGAUGUUGAUGUUGUUGAUGUCUUUUUGCACAAAAUAUCCACUGGAUGACUUUAAGAUCACUUCCUGGACUGAACGCAGAAGUGCAUUAUGUAUACUGCGGCAGGUCUAUUGACCUCACAAGGCCUCGCGGCAACCAAGCGAGUCUGGAGCUGUCUGAGACCUGUUUAGUGCUCCGCUAUUAGACUUUCCUCCUCCCGCUAUUGGUGAUGAUGAGUGUGAACACGUUAACACGCUGACAAUUCAUUUAAAGAAAUGAUUUUUAUUUAUUUAUGGAGCUACUGUCAUUUGGCUUGGCUUGAUGUUGGUAGCAAGAGCUGAUUCAAUUUACACUGCAAACUACUGACACUACUGAAAUACUACUGACACUACUGAAAUACUACUGACACUACUGAAAUACUACUGACACUACUGAAAUACUACUGACACUACUGAAAUACUAUUGACACCACUAAAACAGUACUGAAAUACGUCUGCUGCAUUACUGACACACCACUGAAAUACUACUGACACACUACUGAAAUAUUACUGACACACUACUGAAAUACUACUGACACACUACUGAAAUACCACUGAUACAUCACCGAAACAGUACUGACACUACUGAAACAGUGCUGAAAUAUUAUACUUCUGACACAUUUCUGACAUGCUACUGAAAUACUACUGACAUAUUACUGGAAUACUAAUUAAACACUGCAGAAAUACUACUGACACCACUAAAACUGACAGUACUGACAUACUUCUGCUGCAUUACUGACACACCACUGAAAUACUACUGAUACAUCACUGAAACAGUACUGACACUACUGAAAUACUACUGACACACCACUGAAAUACUACUGAUACAUAACUGAAACAGUACUGACAUACUUCUGAAAUACUACUGACACACUACUGAAAUACCACUGAUACAUCACUGAAACAGUACUGACACUAUUGACACACUACUGACACACCACUGAAAUACCACUGAUACAUCACUGAAACAGUACUGACACACUACUGACACACUACUGACACUACUGAAACAGUGCUGAAAUAUUAUACUUCUGACACAUUUCUGACAUGCUACUGAAAUACUACUGACAUAUUACUGAAAUACUAAUUAAACACUACAGAAAUACUACUGACACACUACUGACAUGCUGGAUUUUUCUUUGUAGCAACAGCAUGCCUUUGUAUCAAUAAUCUGCUCUAUUUUGCUGCUAGUCUGGAUUAUCACGCACAGUGCGAUAGUGGAAUAACUCCUGCUGAUUAAAAACUCCAUGUGUGUGUUUUUUGUUUAAAAAACGCAGUAGUGAUUAAAUCCCAGACGAACUAAACUUUACACUCAGAGUAUAUUUUGUGAGAAGAGUAUUUGUAUUUUUAUAUAAAUGUUUUAUUUAUAUUGUUGUUUUCUCCUGUUCGUAGCGCACAUGGCUCUCAGUCCGCUCGUGCAACACUUCUGUGGAAUUAUGAGGGACUUUUACACGGUUCCUCUCGCAGAUGUUAGCGUCAUUAAA